AUGCCGCCCUCUGUGUCCGUCAUUACCGUAAAUGUCGGAUCGGAAGCGGCGUCAGUGAGCCCUCGGUCUCCCAGGCGAGUCAGACGUACAGACUACAGCAAACCCUCAGGAAUGUGUGCAAGUAUCCAGCCUGGGUCUGAAGGUAACUGGAUCCCUACAGAUAUCAAGUCCACUGUGAUGGUCUCAGAUAGAGAGCUGUUGUCCCUGGAUAAGAUGUCCAUCUCUCUGAGCUCCCAAAUCAUGGAUAUACAUAAACAAGACAGGUUACAGAGAACAAAUUUCCCCAGGGAACAUGUUAACAUUCUAGAAAGAGAAAGGUUUAAUCCAGAGGCUUCUCGCCAGAGCUUCAGGUGUUUUCCAUACCCAGAGAGAGCUGGACCUCGUGAGGCUGUGAACCAGCUUUGGGAACUCUGCCUUCAGUGGCUGAGGCCAGAGAUUCACACAAAGGAAGAGAUCCUGGAACUCCUGGUGCUGGAGCAAUUCCUGACCAUCUUGCCCAGUGAGAUCAGGAUUUGGGUGAAGUCACAACAUCCAGAGAACAUUGAGGAGGUGGUCAUCUUGGUGGAAGAUUUGACCCAAAUGCUUAAGGAGGAAGCUUUGCAUUCUCAAGAUUCUGUCUUUCUCCAAGAUGGGAACACAGAGAAAGAAGAAAAGUCUGCUCUGUUUCCACCAGCUAGAUUUCAGGAAUCAGUGACAUUCAAAGAUGUUGUUCCAGACUUCACUUGGGAAGAACUUGUGCAGCUGGACCCUGUUGAGCAGGACCUAUACAGAGAUGUGUUGCUGGAGAACUAUAGGAACUUGGUUUUUCUUGGGCUUUCAGCUUCCAAACCAGAUGUCAUCACCCAGUUGGAACAUGGGGAAGUGCCAUGGAUGCUAGAAAGUGAAGCCCUAAGAGAUUCUGACAUCAGUCUUGAAGCCAAGGCAUCAUUUGAAAAGUGGGAAACAUCUGUGGAAGGAUCACCUCAGGGAGCAACAAUGGAAAGACCCAGAAAAUAUAGUUCUUGGAACUUCAAACUGAGAGAAGCCGUUCACUGUUAUGGGAGACUAGUGAGGCAGCAAGGCUACCAUGAGCAUUUGAAGCAAGAAACUGUCAUACCUAAGGAAAUCUCCAGUAAUGAGAAAAGCUUUGAGGGUAAUGAAUUUGGGAGAAGUUUCAGCCUGAGACCAAUCCUAGAUACAGAACAGAGUCAUGUAGUAAAAAACAUCUGUAAAUAUGACACCUAUGGAAAGAACUUCAAAGAUAAUUUAGGGCUAAUUAAGUGUCAAAGAAUCUGCACAGGAAAGAAACCUUUUCUGUAUAAUGAAUUUGGGAAAGCCUUUAGCCACAUUUCACAACUUAAUCUUCAUUAUGACCAUCAUUUUGGAGAGAAACCCUAUACAUGUAAUGAAUGUAGCAAAACGUUUACCAAGUGGGUAAACAUUGCUGAACAUGAGAGAAUUCAUUCUGAAGACCGUCCGGAUUAUUAUAAAUGUAAUAAAUGUAGUAAAAGCUUUACCAAGAAGUCAGACCUUACUCAACAUCAGCAACCUCAUUUUAGAGAGAAACCCUUUAACUGUAAUGAAUGUGGGAGAAUUUCACAAUUUAAUGUUCAUUAUGCCCAUCAUUCUGGAGAGAGGCCUUUUACGUGUAAUGAAUGUGGAAAAGCCUUCAUCAAGUGGGCAAAUCUUACUGAACAUCAGAGAAUUCAUUCUGGAGAGAAACCUUAUAAAUGUAAUGGAUGUGGGAAAGCCUUUACCAAACGAUCAAAUCUUACUCGACAUCAGCAUACUCAUGUUGGAUUGAAACCAUUUAAGUGUAAUGAAUGUGGAAAAGACUAUAGCUACUUUUCUCAACUUAAUCUUCAUCAAAGAAUUCAUUCUGGCGAGAAGCCCUAUAAAUGUAAUGAAUGUGAAAAAGCCUUUACUAAGCGGGCCAACUUAAAUCAACAUCAGAAAAUUCACUCUGGAGAGAAACCAUACAAAUGUAAUGAAUGUCACAAAGCCUUUGCCAAGCAGGCAAACCUGACUCGACAUCAUAGAAUUCAUUCUGGAGAGAAACCCUACAAAUGUAAUGACUGUGGCAAAGCAUUCACCCAGAGGGCACAUGUUACUCAACAUCAGAGAAUUCAUAUGGGAAAGAAACAUUAUUGAAAGUAUCGAUGGUCAGAAGUUUCAAUCUGAGAGCACAUCUUAGCAUAAAAGAAAGUGUAAUGAAGAGAAACCUUGGAAAUACAAUGAUUCAUGAUUUUUAUUCAGAUUUCUUUGUCCUUUUCGGAAUCAUAGACUACCUGACUGUACAAUUUGCAUUCUGUUCUUAGUUCUGUUGUCUAGGGCCAAGUAAAAUGGGCUUCAAAACAGAACUACAGAACCAAAGAGCUACCCACUACUUUAAAGGCUAUCCAGUCCAAUCUACCCAACCAGGGAUCCCUUCUACAGCAUCCCUAACAAGUGGGUUUUCCAUCUUCUUCAUGAAAACCUCUAAUGAGAGUAAACCCACUGUCUCCCAAGGUAGCCUAUUCCACUUUUUGUUAUCUCUUCCUUGUUAAUCAUUCUUUAUGUCCACCAAAUUUAAACCUGGCUCUCUGCAGUGUCCACCCAUUUCUCUCAGUUCUGCAGAUGGGGCCAAGCAAAACAACUUGAAUCCCUCAUCUGUAUGAUAACCUGUCAGUAUUAGAAAGACAGUUAUGUUCCUUCUGUGUCUUAAUUCCCCUGACUCUAUGUGCCUCAUUCCUUUAACCAGUCCUUGUCUGGAUAUUUUCAAAUCUUACCCUCCU